GGAUUAGACUUCACCUGCUGAUGACUGAAGCCCUGCUGAGCAUUUGUGAUCUAAGAGUGAUUUGGUUUCCUGUUUGGAGAGGAAGGAGUGCAGCUGAAAGAGUGCAGCUGAGAGAGUGCACCAGACAGAGUAGUAGCUGAGAGAGUCAUUGAGGAAAGGAGGAAAAGAGGAAAGGAGGAAAGAAAGGAGGAAGAAAAGAGGAAGAAAAGAGGACGGCAGCAGGCAGCGCGCAGGUUUAGCGGAGUGUGUGUGGAGCAGCAGAGCGCACAGGCUCCUGCUCUCAGCCACAGCACUGCUGCUGCUUCCAGAUUUAUACAGCUGUACAUUUAGCUUUGCUCGCUAGCGCCAUGGAGUGAUUCUCCUUCAUGUCAUCUAACACAUAAAUAGCUGUGCUUUGGCUGGUGGGAGAAGCAGCAGCGGCGCAGGGCCUCAGUCCUCGGUGUCGAGUUAAACCCUGAUCCGGGAUUCACGCGCCUGUGUGUAGGAGCGAGAAGAGCCUUAGCCAUGGGCGACAACAGAGAUUCUCGCAGUCCAGACAGCUCUUCUGUGUCGUCACCACCUUCAGGGAAACAAUCGCCUGCACUGGUUCCCUCAGCAGCUGCUAUGACCUCACUGCCACCCGUUACUUCCGCAGUCAGCAGUCCGAUUAGCAGCAUGGGAUCACCCUUUUCAGUCAUCAGCUCUUCUCUAGGUUCCCCAUGCCUCCCUGGGACACCAUCAGUGGGCUACGGCCCUAUUAGCAGUCCCCAGAUCAACUCCACUGUGUCCAUGUCCGGCCUGCACGCCGUCAGCAGCUCUGAUGAUGUAAAGCCGCCGUUUGGCCUGAAGCCACUUUUAGGCCACAGCCCUGGACCCACACUGUCCCAGAAACGGCUUUGUGCGAUUUGUGGCGAUCGCUCCUCUGGUAAGCACUACGGUGUGUACAGUUGUGAGGGAUGUAAAGGGUUUUUUAAGCGCACUGUCAGAAAAGACCUGAGCUACACAUGCAGAGAUAACAAGGACUGUAUGGUGGACAAGCGCCAGAGGAAUCGCUGCCAGUACUGCCGCUACCAGAAAUGUCUAGCCAUGGGCAUGAAGAGAGAGGCUGUUCAGGAGGAGCGUCAGAGGAACAAAGAGCGAGAUGGAGAAGUGGAGUCCACCAGUGCAGUGAAUGAAGAGAUGCCAGUGGAGAAGAUUCUGGAAGCGGAGAUGGCUGUGGAACAGAAGAUAGAGCUGCAUUCUGAUGGAAGUUCAGGCACCAGCUCUGAGAAUGAUCCUGUCACGAACAUCUGCCAGGCAGCUGAUAAGCAGCUCUUCACUCUGGUGGAGUGGGCCAAGAGAAUCCCACACUUCUCAGAACUGGCUCUCGAUGAUCAGGUCAUCCUUCUACGUGCUGGUUGGAAUGAGCUGCUGAUCGCCUCAUUCUCUCAUCGCUCCAUCAGUGUGAAGGAUGGCAUUUUGCUGGCCACUGGACUCCACGUCCACAGAAACAGUGCACAUAGCGCGGGAGUGGGAGCCAUCUUCGAUAGGGAGAGUGCGCACAAUGCAGAGGUUGGGGCCAUAUUUGACAGGGUGCUGACUGAACUAGUGAGUAAGAUGAGGGAUAUGCAGAUGGAUAAGACUGAGCUGGGGUGUCUAAGAGCCAUCAUCCUUUUCAACCCAGACGCAAAGGGGCUUUCAAACCCAAGUGAAGUGGAGUUACUGAGAGAGAAAGUCUAUGCUGCACUAGAAGCUUAUUGUAAACAGAGAUAUCCUGACCAGCAGGGCAGGUUUGCCAAGCUCCUCCUCCGACUGCCAGCGUUGCGCUCCAUUGGUUUGAAAUGUCUGGAACACCUGUUCUUCUUCAAGCUGAUUGGCGAUACCCCAAUUGACACCUUCCUCAUGGAGAUGCUGGAGGCUCCCCAUCAGCUGACCUAAUCUGGACCACUUUCUAGCCAGUUGUAUCUGGUUUGCACCAGGGUGUACCGGUAGCCUGGACAUUGGGGCUUCACUGUGUCUGUUCAAUCUCCUGCUUACACCUUCCUUUAUUCUCUCCUUUUCUUUUCCCUCCCGCGUCGUCUCCUACGCUAGUAUUGCGCCAAAAAGACUUUAAUCUCUCAGAAAACGAAGAGGGGAAAUUUUACAUCGGGGACACGCCGAGAGAUAUUCGUAUUUUGCAAAUAAGGCUUUUCAAGAUUGUUUUCAGUUUUACACUUCCACUUUCAGAGCCUUUGUAUUGAUAAUGGUGCUCAGCAUUGUGUGUUUUUAUCUGCUACGAGAAAAUUACAGCUGGUACGUUUCUUUUCUCACUACAGCUCGAAAAGCUCAUGAGCUGAAUGCACAGCUCUCAUGAUCAGGACGUGAAGUUUCAUCACUCGUCGUAACCCUAACGCGGCGGUCACGCCUGAUGCGAAUAAAACCUGCCUGGUGAAAGAGCCAGUUCACUUGAAUGGAAGAGGACAUGCUAUGCAGGGGAAAGAAAAGAAUUUGCUUCCUGUGGCAGUUUAUUUCUCCUUAUCUACCGUCUCCGAAUUUGCUUUUUGUGCCGAGUUCAUGUCGAUGAACUUUAACCCCAUGAAUCUGCAAAUCUUGGAAUAGAAUUGUGGGCCAAUAGAAAACAAGAGCACGGUGCUGGAGUCCUGUCUUUCAGGAAGACUCGACACGGAGUAACUGCCUGUUAUCACUGUAUUACUGUUUCCCUGUUUUAUACAGCAGGAUGUCCAUGGAAUUGGUUAGCGGGAGCUGAAGAGCUGUUACAAACUAGCUAUAUGAAUCUCCUAAUAAUAUUCUGUUUAAUGAGCUAACACGCUAAAGGCACUUAGCAGUCUGAAAAGAAUAGUCAGCAUCAGCAAGGUUAGCUGUUCACCAAAUCACUAGUUUCCUUCAAGGACUGUCCUUAAUCAUAAUCUGAUUUUGCUCAACCCUGGCAAAUAAAUUCACAAAAAUCUGGUGUGCUUGCUCCUUCAUGCUACACCGCCAGUGACUUUUUUUUUCUUUCUCUACUAUACCCUGGGUGUUUGUGGGUGUUUCUGUAUUUUCAGGUUACUGCCAUUGUUGUGAUAUUCACACAAGCUUAGCUACAGGACGUAUAUAAACGCACCCGUUUGAUCACAAAUCUAAUGUCUUCCCACUAAAAAUAAAAUUCUUGAGGGAAAUGCUUCUGUGCUAUGUAUCAGAAUGAAGACAACAUUUUAUGCUUCACAAUUUCUGCCUGGGCUUAAAAAAAAAAACACCAGCACUGUUGCAUUCUGGGUAAACACUUCAGCUUGUGGCAGCACAGCGAUUAGGAGCUAGGAAUAAAAUAAACCAAAAAACACGGUUUCACAAUCCAGAAAAAAGAAACGUGGCACAGUCCCUUGCCAGAUUGCUCCACUUCUUCUCGACUGUGCUCCUCUUUGUUGCGUCUCUUGCCCCGCCCACUUCACGCUGCUAACGUUUGCUUCGCCGAGUGUCACCUGACAUCAGCAGCUCUAAGUGAAUGACUUCUGGCAGCUUCCUCGCGCCGUGUGGCUGCAGGGGUGAGUGCAGGGUUACAGCAGCAGACGUGUGUGUAACAGGUGACCGUACAGUUUAACAGCAACAGUGUGUAUGUGCAGAUUAGUAAUUCAGGUGCUGUCUCGUGAGGUUCCUGUGAAAUUCUAGCCAGGUUCUUAAUGAACAAAUCUAUGUGGAAUGAUUGUAGUCCAAUGGACGUGUGUUUUUGAUCAUGUCCUGGAGCAGGCCCUUUAAAGACGUGGCUGUUUUAAUGUCAUUUGGGGUCUUUAGUGGGUGGUGAUUACCCCUCCUUCCUUCUUUAUGUUCUUUAACUAUGUACUCCCACAUCUGCCCAUGGCUCAGUUUAUCUAUCAUGUGGUCCAGUGCUUGGGAAAUUACCUGCUACGUUUUAAAACCAAACGUACCCCAGACCCACACCUUGUCCCCAGGUUCGGUUUGAAAAAUGUGUGUAUACUGUGAUGUACAAUAUGUGAAUCCAAUCACUUUUUUAUAUUUUUCAUGUGCCAAAUGUGACAUUCUCUUAUCUCUCUCUCUCUUAUCUCUCUCUCUCUCUCUCUCUCUCUCUCACACAUUAUAUGGUGUUUAAAAAUAGUAAUAAAAAACCAGGUCAGUAGGUUAAGUCCUGUGAGGGGCUUGACAGGUUCUACAUUCCA